AUGGGAGUUCCAGCUUUCUUUCGAUGGCUUAGCCGCAAAUAUCCUAGUGUUAUUGUCGAAUGUAUUGAACAGAGGCCAGUCGAUGUAGAUGGCCAGUUAGUGUAUGUGGACUCAUCACUUCCAAACCCAAAUGGUUUGGAGUUUGACAAUCUUUACUUGGAUAUGAAUGGUAUUAUUCAUCCUUGUACCCAUCCUGAAGAUAAGCCUCCCCCUAAAGAUGAAGAUGAGAUGAUGGUAGCAAUUUUUGAAUGUAUUGACCGCCUUUUUCGUAUUGUACGACCUAGGAAGGUUUUGUACAUGGCUAUUGAUGGUGUUGCACCAAGGGCUAAAAUGAACCAGCAAAGAUCCCGUCGGUUCAGAGCUUCAAAGGAAACUCAAGAAAAAAUUGAAGAAGUAGCUCGCAUUCGCUCAGAGCUAGAAGUGAAGGGUGCAUAUCUACCUCCUGAAAGGCCCAAAGAGGCCCAUUUUGACUCAAAUUGUAUCACACCAGGGACCCCAUUCAUGGACAGACUUAGCAAAUGCUUACAUUAUUAUAUUCAUGACAGGUUAAACAGUGACCCAGGAUGGAAAGGCAUCAAAGUUAUUUUAUCUGAUGCUAAUGUGCCAGGGGAAGGGGAACACAAAAUUAUGGACUACAUUCGUAGACAGAGAGCUCAACCAGACCAUGAUCCAAACACACAGCAUGUGUUAUGUGGUGCUGAUGCUGACCUUAUUAUGUUGGGACUGGCAACACAUGAACCUAAUUUUACCAUCAUAAGGGAAGAGUUUAAACCCAAUAAACCUAGGCCUUGUGAUGUAUGUGGACAACUUGGCCACGAAAUGAAAGAAUGCACUGGCAGUAGUCCCGAUGCUGCGUUAGUAAGGUCUGAUCCAGCAUUUGGAAAUCAAGACAGCUUUAUAUUUGUGAGGCUGAAUGUUCUUAGAGAAUAUUUAGAAAAGGAAUUACAAAUGCCGAACUUACCUUUUCCAUAUGACUUUGAGCGAGCUUUAGAUGACUGGGUGUUUAUGUGUUUCUUCGUGGGAAACGACUUUUUACCUCAUUUACCCAGCCUUGAGAUAAGAGAGGGGGCGGUAGAUCGACUUGUCAACUUGUAUAAGAAGUGCGUUUACAAAACUAAGGGCUGGAUAACAGAUUCGGGAGAUGUAAACUUGGACAGAGUUCAAGUUAUAAUGGACGAGCUGGGACGUGUCGAAGACGAGAUCUUCAAACGCCGGCAUCAAAAUGAAGUUAGCUUCAAAGCCCGGGAAAAAGCUAAAAAACAGCAGAAAAUUAACUUUCAACUGCUUGAGGACACGCAAUUUGCGCCUAGGGCUCUUGGAGGUGGACCCAAAACGGUACAAAAUGCCCGACAAGAAGCCGCUGAGAUUCGUCGAGCGGGAAUGCAAGCUGUUGCCAAUAGAGAAGAAGAAGAGUCAGGCCGGUCGCGCAAGCGCAGCGCCACCCAGGCCGGUCUCGAUGAUGACGAUGACAAACACGACGAAGUUCGGCUCUGGGAAGAAGGCUUCAAGGAGAGAUACUAUGAGAGCAAGUUUGAGGUGGACAAGAAUAACUUGGAGUUUAGGUACCGGGUAGCCCUACAAUACGUGCGCGGCCUCUGCUGGGUGCUUCGCUACUACUACCAGGGCUGUGCUUCGUGGAAGUGGUACUUCCCGUACCAUUACGCCCCCUUCGCUUCGGACUUUGUCAAUAUUAGCGGACUUAGCACCAAAUUCGAGAAGGGCACGAAGCCAUUCCGACCUCUAGAGCAGCUAAUGGGCGUGUUCCCAGCUGCCAGUUCACAACACGUGCCUCAGCCGUGGGCAAAGCUCAUGAGCGAUCCGUCUUCACCGAUAAUAGACUUCUACCCGAUCGACUUCAAGAUAGACUUGAACGGGAAGAAGUUCGCGUGGCAAGGAGUCGCCUUGCUGCCCUUCGUGGACGAGGCGAGACUCUUCAAGGCUCUGGAGCCCUAUUACGAGGAUCUGUCGCAGGCUGAAAUUAAAAGAAACAUUCGCGGUCACGACCGCCUAUACGUAUCAACGGGCAACCAAAGCUAUGAGUUUUUGCUGGGCUUGUACCAGGCAGCUGGGGCGGAGUUGAAAAAGCUUAUAGAGAGCGAUCAGCGCUAUCCUUAUAGAAGUGAGGGUGUGCGUGGAGAUGUACUGCUGAGUGCUGAUGAUGUCAUUAUUGGCGGGCAACUAUCGUCUCCCGUGGUGGGCCUUGCCCCUGUCCUGGAUAACCGGGUGUUAUGCGUCCGGUACCAAGACCCAGAUUACCCGGAAGAGUUCAUCUUCCCUGCUCGCCGUCUCCGGGGUGCCACGGAACCCGCCAGGGUACUAAAACCAGGGGAUCUGUCGCAGCAGGAGAAUCGCAAUUGGAGGCCGCAAAUCGGUAUGGUCCGGUCACACACAGUAGCCAAUCUGGAGAUGGCUGGACAUAGGAUGCUGGGACAUCAUCUGCCCAGAGAUAACACCUACUCCUCAGUACCUCCUCCACAGCAUAAUCGCUCGCAAUCGUUUGGACCACGGCGCGGCGGUUAUGUACCACACCAGGAGUUUAACAACCAAGGAUACGGCCGAUCUGGUUACCAGUCUAAUAGAGGUAACCAAGACAGGUCCGGCAACCAAGAUAGGUUCGGCAAUCAAGAGAGGUUCGGUAAUCAAGAAAGGUCCGGCAAUCAAGGGAGGUUCGGCAAUCAAGAGAGGUCCGGCAAUCAAGAGAGGUCCGGCAAUCAAGAAAGAUUUGGUCACCAAGACAGGUCCAAUAGUCAAAAUCGGUACGGCAACAACCAAGGCUACUCAAGUCACCAAAACCCGAGGUUUAAUAACAGUAACCAGGGGUAUUCCUCGACAAACCAGAAUCAAAGAGGUGGAAACCAGAAUCAGGGAGGUUGGAGACCUCACGGACCCAAUCGGUAUCAAGGAAAUUCUAGUUGGCGUUGA